AUGAAUUCUACACCUGUUUCAUUGGAGGAUCAGACGAAGCUCCUUGAGGAAGCAUUGAAUGUGGUUAAAGUUCAGGCUUUUCAAAUGAAAAAAUGCCUGGAUGGUGGUAAAUUAAUGGACGGCUUAAAGCAUUGCUCAACGAUGCUUGCCGAGUUACGUACAUCUGCUUUGACACCUAAAAAUUAUUACGAACUUUACAUGGCUAUUUUCGAUGCCCUUAGACACUUAACCACCUAUCUCAAUGAUGCACACAAGUCAGGAAAACAUUACCUCGCAGAUCUUUAUGAGCUAGUGCAAUACGCAGGAAAUAUUAUUCCACGUCUAUAUCUUAUGAUCACAGUGGGUAGCGUUUACAUGUCACAGAAAGAUGCACCAGUUAAAGAGAUUAUGAAAGAUAUGAUGGAAAUGUCUCGUGGUGUUCAGCAUCCUACACGUGGUUUGUUUUUAAGGCACUAUUUGAGCGGAAUGACAAGAGAUUCUUUACCCAUUGGAAAUGAUAAUGGUCCGCAAGGCAACUUGCAAGAUUCCAUUUCAUUCAUUCUUACCAAUUUUAUUGAGAUGAAUAAAUUAUGGGUUCGACUCCAACAUCAAGGGCAUUCUAGAGAUCGUGAGAAAAGAGAGAUGGAACGGAAAGAAUUAAGAAUUUUAGUAGGAACAAAUUUGGUUCGUCUUAGUCAACUAGAAGGUGUUGAUUUGGCUUUGUAUCAGCAGACCAUAUUACCAGCUAUUUUAGAACAAGUCAUCAAAUGUAAUGAUGUUAUUGCUCAGGAAUAUUUAAUGGAAGUCAUAAUACAAGUAUUUCAUGAUGAUUUCCAUUUACGAACACUUGGACCAUAUCUUUCUGCCACUGCUCAAUUACAUCCAAAAGUUAACGUUAAACAAAUUGUUAUUGCACUUAUUGAUCGUCUUGCAGCUUAUGCUGCUCGUGAAGCAGAUUCUGAACCACCAGAAGUGAUUAAACGGCAAGAGGAAGAAGCUGCUCGAAGGUUAGCUGAAAAAUUAAAAAAACAGAAAAUAGGUGGAUACAGUGAAGAUGAUGAGUUUGAAGACAAGAGCUUUGAAUCUAAUGAAAGUAAUAAUGAAGAUCAAGAGAAUGGAAGGGAAUUUCAAUCAGAUAAUUUCAAACAAGAGCAAGAACCUGUAAUAAGGAAAUUUCGUGGUAUUCCUGAAGAUGUAAAAUUAUUUGAAGUAUUUUGGGGACAAAUUGUAGAUUUAGUCAAGGCACGUCCCGAUUUAUCAAUUCAAGAUAUUACCGCUUUAAUAGUAUCUUUAGUUAACCUGUCAUUAAGUUGUUAUCCUGAUAAGAUUGAAUAUGUUGAUCAAGUUAUUGAAUUUGCUAAACAAAAAGUUUUGGAUUUCCACGACAGUCCGGACCUACACAAUCCCAUAACUACUUCCAAUUUACUUAAUCUUCUCUUGGCUCCAAUUAAUUCGUAUGCUACAGUUCUUACACUCCUUGCAUUACCAAAUUAUACUUCACUUCUUUCUGUUCAACCUUUUCAAACGCGGCGUGCCGUAGCACACGCUAUUGUUUCCUCAAUCCUUAAGAAUGAAACUUUAAUUGAGACACCCGAGGAAGUUAAUGGUGUAUUAGAUUUGUGUAACGUUCUUAUCCGGGAUCAAAAAGACGCAACUCUGUCAAGUCCAUUUAGUGGGCUUACAAGUUCAAGGAAUAAUAGGUCUAACGGAAUUCCUCCACUAAUGGAUCCAGAAGAGUUUGCUGAAGAGCAAGGAUUGCUUGCAAGAAUUAUUCAUUUAUUCCAAAGUAAUGACCCAGACAAUCAAUUUAUGCUUAUUACUACUGCACGUAAGCAAUUCGCUGAAGGUGGAGAAAGGAUAAGAUACACUUUUCCGCCUCUUGUUAUAUCAGCUUUUAAGCUAGCGAGAAAAUAUCAGAAAAUCGAAGGACACGAUGACGGUUGGGAGAAAAAAACUUCCACACUUUUCCGAUUCAUUCAUCAAGUUAUUUCUAUCCUCUAUAAUAAAGUUGAAUGUUCUGAUAUAUGUUUACGGUUGUUUCUACUCGCCGGACAAAGUGCUGACGAAUGCGGAUUUGAAGAAAUAUGUUAUGAAUUUUUUGUACAGGCGUUCACCAUUUACGAAGAAUCUAUUUCAGAAUCUCGUGCACAAUUUCAAGCCAUUACUCUUAUAAUUAAUGCUUUGCAAACCACUCGUGUGUUUAGCCCAGAGAAUUAUGAUACUUUAAUCACUAAAUGUGCUUUAUAUGGAAGUAAAUUGCUCAAGAAACCGGAUCAAUGCCGUGCAGUUUAUCUUUCUAGUCACUUAUGGUGGGCUACUGAAAUUGAAGGACGAAAUCAUAAAUCACCAGAAGAACUCUACCGUGAUGGCAAACGAGUGCUUGAGUGUUUACAGAAAGCCCUCAAAAUUGCAGAUUCGUGUAUGGAUUCUGUGACAAGCGUGGAGUUAUUCAUAGAAAUCUUGAAUAGAUAUAUAUAUUACUUUGAAAGGAAGAACGAAGCAGUUACGGUUAAAUAUCUCAAUGGAUUAAUUGAUCUUAUAAAUACCAACCUUUCAAAUAUGGACAACCCAGAUCAACAUCCCCCUUCGUCAGCUUCAUCUACGCUUGUUGAACCAGAAGGAGACCUAACAGAAUUUAUUGUUAGACAUUUUAAAUCUACCUUAUUCCACCUUAAUAUGCGUAAGGAAGCUGUUCUAUCAGCUAGAGUUCAAAACGAAACUGAUCUGCCAAGAUAUGAUGAUAUUGAUACAUUGGGAAGGUGA